AUGGGUAAUUAUUCAUCUUUAACAACACAUCUAGUCUUCUUCUUGUUCAUCAUAGUCUCAACCAUCAAUCUCGCCCACGGCGAGAUUAAAAACAUUCACAUACGCCACGAUUCCAGACCAUUGAUCUUAUUCCAAAAGUUCGGAUUCACGUCAAAAGGCCAUGUAUCCGUGACUAUAAGCAAUGUUUCAUGGAAAUCAGAACAUGAAAAUGUUGAAUUAAAUCCUUCUUCCCUUGGUUUCUUUCUUGUUAGGGACAAAUCUUUCUCAAGAAUCUUGAAUGGAUCCGAACACGCCCAUAGAUUUUGCUUGAUUUCAAGCCAUUACGUUAAACUUGUAUUAAAACUAGACCACCUUGAUCCACACGUUGAUAGAGCCUAUAACGGAUCCUUAAACGUGAAAAAAGCCGAUGAAUAUAGCUUGGUUUUUGGCAAUUGUCAGCCUGAAUUCAAAGUUUUAAUGAAAGUUCAUACUGAAAUGUAUAACAUUGAUAACAAAGGCGAAAAAGACUUCCUUUCGGCUGGCCAACAUCCAUUACCAGAGCUCUAUUUUCUCUUCUUUAUCGUGUACUCAACGUUCUUUUUAACGUGGGUUUGCAUCUGUUUUAAACAAAGAUUGAUAAUCAAAAAGAUUCAUUUGAUUAUGUGUGCUUUACUUAUAUUCAAAUCAAUGAAAAUGUUGUGUGCUUCAGAAGAUUAUCUGUUCAUAAGAACAACAGGAACUCCUCAUGGUUGGGAUGUUGCAUUUUAUUUCUUUGGCUUUUUUAAAGGGGUUACACUUUUUAUCGUCAUCGUUUUGAUUGGAACCGGUUGGUCUUUUUUGAAACCAUACUUGCAAGAACGAGAAAAGAACGUUUUAAUGUUUGUGAUACCGUUACAAGUGUUAGAAAACAUUGUUGCAACUGUUAUUGGAGAGACCAGUCCAGCUACUAAAGGAUGGUUUACGUGGAACGAAAUGCUAUUGAUAAUUGAUGUCAUUUGUUGUUGUACUGUGUUUUUCCCCAUUGUGUGGUCUAUUCGAACGUUAAGAGAGGUUUCAACAACGGAUGGAAAGGCAGCUAGGAACGUGAGAAAACUAAGUUUGUUUAAGAAGUUUUAUAUGGUUGUGAUUGCGUAUUUGUAUUAUACGCGAGUUGUGGUUUCAGUUAUGGGUUCAUUAUUGGAUUAUCGGUAUGAAUGGGUUGCUAAUGUAGCGUCUGAAGGAGGAAGCUUGGUUUUCUACUUGUUUAUUUUCCGUAACUUUCAACCAGCUGAUAGGAAUCCAUAUUUGGUGAUUCGAGAUGAAGAAGGAGAUCAAAUGAUGGAAGGAGGAAAUUAAUCUAAUUGAAGACUAACUAUGGUGAAGUUUCACGCGAUUUCCUGGUUAAUCAGCCUAUCCUAGCGUGCAAGAUCGAGGUUUCAAGCUCGAUUCUUAACUGCCACAUCUGCCGAGUUUCUUGAGAGCGUCGGGAAGGUCCAAAAUUUGUAGAAUUUAUGUAAACUGAACGUCUUGAAUGAAAUGGUGAACUAGUUGAGUGAAAGGUGCUAAACACAAUGGUGAAAGUAACAAACAAGGGUCAUGUAAAUUUAGUUUUAUACAUUGACAGAGUGCUACAUAUUUAAGAAGGUAUGUCUAAUAUGGAUACAUUUUUGGGUAUAA